ACUCGACCUCGCACAAAGCCUCUCCGCAACGCCCAAUCAAUCGAUCACGCCUCCGCCCCCCCUUCGAACGCGCCGAGCCAGUCGCUACCUUGAUCGUUUCGCCUGUUCGAGAGCAUCACUUCGAAGGACUUUCCCAGGUGACGCGUCCAUCGUCUGACCCGAAGCUCCGACGACGGAGCUUCAAUACCUCGAGAUCUCCUCCUCCCUCCCGACGUGCCCCUCUUCGGGACGACCUGCAUCGAUAAACACGAGUGCACGAUAGAUAGCUAGCCCCCUACACGCAAUGGCUGACGCUUCCUUCAACAACGGCCCGGGCAACGCGCCCCCGGCCGAGGUCAAGAAGCCCAAGAAAAAGAAGGUCCUGCUUAUGGGCAAGAGUGGCUCGGGAAAGUCUAGCAUGAGGAGCAUCAUCUUUAGCAAUUACAUUGCCCGUGAUACCCGGAGACUAGGCGCCACGAUCGACAUCGACCUCUCCCACGUCAAGUUCCUCGGCAACCUCACGCUCAAUCUCUGGGACUGCGGCGGCCAGGAGGCCUUCAUGGAGAACUACCUCUCCCAGCAGCGCGUCCACGUCUUCUCCAACGUCGGCGUGCUCAUCUACGUCUUCGACAUCGAGUCCCGCGACAUUGACCGCGACCUCGCCACCUACGUCUCCAUUAUCUCCGCCCUCCUCCAGUUCUCCCCCGGCGCCAAGGUCUACGUCCUCAUCCACAAGAUGGACCUCGUCGUCCCCGCCCACCGCGAGUCCGUCUACGACGACCGCGUCCGCGUCGUCCGCCAGCGCACCGCCGAGUACGCCAACAGCAUCGGCUACCUCCAGCAGCAGCACCACCACCACCACCCGGACGACGACGACCUCGCCAGCCCCUCCUCCGCGGCGCUCGCCGGACAGGGCUUCGACAUCACGCCCUUUGCGACGAGCAUCUGGGACCAGAGCCUGUACAAGGCGUGGGCGAGCAUCAUACACGACCUCGUCCCCAACCUGGCCACGAUCGAGCGGAACCUGGCCAACCUGGGCGUCGCCAUCGAGGCCGAGGAGCUGCUGCUGUUCGAGCGCACCUCCUUCCUCGCCGUCUCGUCCUGGACCUCGGAGGAGGGGCAGCGGAACCCCACCGAGGACCGCCUGGAGCGCAUGUCCAACAUCAUGAAGCACUUCAAGCAGACCAUCAGCCGCUUCACCGGCACCCCGCGUAACGCCGAGCAGUUCGUGCGCAUGGAGCACAAGGCCGGUACGCGGUUCAACCUCUUCAUCCUCAAGUUCACCACCAACACGUACCUGAUGGUCAUCCUCCCGCCGGGCGAGGCGAGGUUCAACGCCGCCAUGCUCAACUGCCAGAUCGCCAUUGAGCACUUCAAAUUCCUUGACGGGCCGGCCACCAUGAUAUCUCAGGGUGGCGGGCACACAUGAGUGAAGGGGACCAAGGCGCAUACGUGCGUGCGUGCGGGGCUGGAAAAGGUUAUAAAAUCUAUUUUGCGUCGGGAGGAGACAAGCGUCUGUUGGGCGACAGCGAGCCGCAGUGGCGUAUGGCAGGGAUGAUUAAUGAUACCAUUUCCAAGGGCGUUAAUGGGAGUUUGAAACUGUACAACAAAAACAGGAACAAGUACGGUUUACUAUGUAGUGUAUGGCAGUGCAGAAAUGCAUCAAAAGGUCUCACACGCAACUACCCGUCCAAG